UAGUUCUCUUCGCGUACGUACCGAACACAUUGUUCUCUAGAAAACGCGUGUGAUUUCUUUUUAUUAAAAAUUAAAUAAAUUGUUUUAAAUCAAUUCAAAUUAUUGAAAAAGUGUUUAAAAAAUACAAUAUAAAUAAACAUUAAUAAUGUUUCGUAAAGUUCCGUUAAUUGUAAUACUCGGUUCAACGGGUACGGGUAAAACAAAAUUAUCAUUAGAAUUAGCAGAACGUUUUGGUGGCGAAAUAAUCAGCGCCGAUUCCAUGCAAGUUUAUGCUAAUUUAGACAUUGCAACCGCUAAAGCCACCAAAGAAGAACAAUCAAGAGCCAAACAUCAUCUUUUAGAUGUGGCAACACCAAAUGAACCAUUUACAGUGGUGCAUUUUCGCAAUAAAGCUUUGCCAAUUCUAGAAAACCUGUUAGCCCAAGCCAAAAGCCCUAUAGUAGUGGGUGGCACUAACUAUUAUAUAGAAUCUUUAUUAUGGGAUAUCCUAGUAAGUCCCACAGAUACCAGCAGUAAUGAAGACUUAAGUAAGUUGCCAGCAUUAACAACAACAACAACAACAACACCAACUUCUCUAGCUGAUAAAGCAAAAACCACUAGUGACAAUAUUAAUGACAAUGAUGCUGAUGACAUUGUUGCCACAGUGUCUGGGAAUGUGGAAAAUUCGUCAUUUAUAGCUGGUGAAAAAAUGUUAACAAUGUCAUCGGAAUUGUUGCACAACCAUUUAAGGAAUAUUGAUCCAGAAACUGCAAAUCGUAUACAUCCAAAUAAUAAACGUAAAAUAAUGAGGUAAGUCAUCAAGAAUUCU